GGCGGAGGAAAAAGCAGAGGUGGUGGUUCACCUUACGAAACAAACAGGAAGCAAGCGCCUCCGCUCCGCUCUCGCCCCUGCGUUCACCUGCGACAUCUGAGAGUCCUGCGUAGAGAGACAGACGGGGCUGUGAACGUGAAACUACUCUGCCGUGAAGACAUUAAGCAAUAUUAACUUCCAGCUGUUUGUUCGUCCCGUACAUUCUUCAACGACCUCACACCAGAGAGUGACCAAAGAUGCAGUAUCUCAGCCACUAUCCAGACACCCCCAGCAAGGAGCAAAAUCACAGGAAAUAAGAGACUUUAGGAAACAGCAGGUCCUUAUGGUUGAGGUGGUGUGUGGUGCCCCUUGCCAUGCCUCCUGCCAUGACAGACCUCCUGGACAUAUGGGCGGCCCACUCGCCCCUGGCCGGCCACGCUCUGGACCAGAUUACUGUGGACUUUCUGCUGCCCACCGGUAUCUACAUCCAGAUGGAAGUUCCACGCGAAGCCACCAUUCAGCACAUCAAACUGCUCUUAUGGAAGCAGGCUCAGUCAUUCCCACUGUUUCCCCCUCUGGGCGAGAUGGAGAGCCACAUGUUCGAGUGUGUCAACCAGGCAGCUGUGCACGAAGAACUGGAGGACGAAACUCGCAGGCUGUGCGAUGUUCGCCCCUUCCUGCCAGUCCUCAAGCUGGUGACGCGUAGCUGCGGCCGAGCAGAGCGCCUGCUGGACUCCAAAAUCGGUGUGCUCAUUGGCAAGGGUCUCCAUGAACUCGAUGCCAUAAAUGACCAGGAGGUGAAGGACUUUCGCUGUAAGAUGUUUCGUCUCAGUGAAGAGCGGAUGCAACAAGUCCAGAUGAUGACAUGUACAGAGUGGCUGCAGGCCUGCUUCUCCCCACAGCUGGAGCCCCUGGCAGGGACGGCUAUCACCGAUGGGCUCAAUGAACGGCCAGCUGACCUGAAAGUCAUAAUCCACUUCGACCAGUCUCAAGACUCAGCCAGUCUGAAGGUGCCAUCAUCCUGCAUCCCGUCUGACCUGAUGGAGCUGGCCGUGAAGAAGUGGCUGACCACCCACGGGCCUGAGGAGGAGGUGUGGCUGGGUCAGUACAUACUGAGGGUCAGCCACUGUCUGGAGUUCCUCUGUGGAGAACAGCCCCUGAUUCAGUACAAGUACAUCCGCACAUGCAUGCAAGCCAAGGAGUCUCCACACCUUACCCUGGUCCACACCAGCACCGUCAAGGGCAUGUUCGACAAGGAAAUCUCCGCCAUCAGAGCUGUGGUUUCCCGCAAGUCCUCCAACCCACCUUUACCACUACCUCCCAAAAGAAGGGUUCCCACGCAAUUACAGAAGUGUGUGUGGGACGUGUCAAGCCCGUUUAAGAUAGUCCUAGUAAAUGGCAACAAGGUGAACGCGGAGGAGACUGCCAAGGUCCAGGUUAGGGCGGGGCUCUUCCACGGCACGGAGCUGCUGUGCAAGCCGGCGGUGAGCAGUGAGAGCAGCGGACGCUCUGACCACACGUGGAAAGACAGCACGCUGGAGUUUGACCUCUCCGUCUGUGACCUGCCGCGCAUGACCCGCCUCUGCUUUGCCAUCUAUGCCGUCAUGGACAAAGUCAAAAAGCAGAAGUCUACCAAAAAUGCUCACAUAAACAAGUACCAGACCAUUCGCAAAGCGGGGAAAGUGCACUACCCUAUAGCUUGGGUCAACACUAUGGUGUUUGACUACAAAGGGCAGCUGAAGACCGGAGACAUCAUCCUGCACUGCUGGUCUUCCUUUCCUGAUGAACUUGAAGAGAUGCUGAACCCCAUAGGAACCAUUCAGACCAACCCGUACACUGAGAACGCUACAGCCCUGCACAUCCACUUCCCAGAGUACUCGUCGCACUCCAUCGUCUUCCCUCCCUUCGACAAGAUACUGGAAAAAGCUGCAGAGAUCGCCGGAGCAAGUGACUGCGUACCUAUGGGCCGUGGGGGUAAGAAGUUCCACAUAGAGCUGAAGGAGAUCAUGGAGCGUGACCCGCUUUCUCAGCUGUGCGAAAACGAGAAGGAUUUGAUCUGGACACUACGCUACGACUGUAGAGAGAAUUUCCCCCAGUCGCUGCCCAAGCUGCUACUCUCCGUCAAGUGGAGCAAACAUGAGGACAUGGCCCAGCUCCAGGCCCUGCUUCAGAUCUGGCCCAAACUGAGUCCCAGAGAUGCUCUGGAGCUUCUGGACUUUAACUACCCUGACCAGUAUGUCAGAGAAUAUGCUGUGGGCUGUCUGCGUGAUAUGAGUGACGAGGAGCUGUCUCAGUACUUGCUACAGUUGGUGCAGGUGUUGCGUUACGAGCCCUACUAUGACUGUGCCCUCACCCACUUCCUGUUGGAGCGGGCCCAGGGUAACCGCAAGAUAGGACACUUCCUCUUCUGGCACCUACGGUCAGAGAUCCACAUGCCAGCUGUUUCAGUCCAGUUUGCCCUCAUGCUGGAAGCCUACUGUAGAGGCAGCAUCCCUCAUAUUGAGGUUCUAAAGAAACAGGUGGAAGCCCUGAGUAAGCUAAAGUCAGUGAACGAGCUAAUUAAGCUGGGGACCAUCAAGAACGCUCGAAAUAAGACCAAGGAGGCAAUGUUGACCAAGGAGGCCAUGAUGACUUGUCUGAGGCAGAGUGGCUACUCAGAGACUCUGUCAGACCUGCACUCCCCUCUAAACCCCAAUGUCCUGCUGUCUGGCAUCAAUGUGGAGAGAUGUCGGUACAUGGACUCUAAGAUGAAGCCGCUCUGGAUUGUUUAUGACAACAAGCUGCUGGGGGGAGACACCCUGGGAAUCAUCUUCAAGAAUGGAGAUGACCUAAGGCAAGACAUGUUGACCCUCCAGAUUUUGAGAUUAAUGGAUCUUCUAUGGAAGGAGGCUAAUCUGGACCUCAGAAUCGUACCGUAUGGUUGCCUAGCGACAGGUGACCGGGCAGGGCUGAUCGAGGUAGUGUCAUCAGCAGACACGAUUGCCAACAUCCAGCUGACCAGCAGCAACGUGGCAGCGGCGGCCGCCUUCAACAAAGAUGCUUUGCUCAACUGGCUAAAAGAGAGGAACACUGGUGAUGCUCUUGAUCGGGCCAUCGAGGAGUUCACUCUGUCAUGUGCAGGCUACUGUGUAGCCACCUACGUCCUGGGCAUCGGAGACCGCCACAGUGACAACAUCAUGGUCCGCAGCACCGGACAGCUCUUCCACAUAGACUUUGGUCACAUCCUGGGCAACUUCAAGUCCAAGUUUGGCAUCAAGAGGGAGCGUGUACCAUUUAUCCUCACACGACGUCAUUCCAUUGUGUAUGUGUGUCUUUGUCGUUCCUGUAGUUUCCGUCAGUACUGUGAGGAAGCCUAUUUAGUCUUGAGGAAGAAUGGGAACCUCUUCAUCACACUGUUUGCCCUCAUGCUGACUGCUGGACUGCCUGAGCUCACCUCAGUCAAAGACAUCCAGUACCUAAAGGACUCUCUGGCUCUGGGUAAAACAGACGAGGAUGCGCUGAAGCAGUUCCGCCAGAAGUUCGACGAGGCCCUGAGAGAGAGCUGGACAACCAAAGUCAACUGGAUGGCCCACAACGUGGCCAAAGAUAACCGCUCCUAGAGCAGCUGAGAGCCAACAAAGGCCAUGGGGCCGAGAGGACAUCAUGAAGGAGUGCGGGAGGGGGAAAGGUGUGCCAAGGAGACAGGGUGACAGCCACCCUGAUUUAAAGAAGUGAAUCUAGCAGAAUUUUCCACGCAAAAGCAGAUUCCCCCCCCCCGUAUACUGUACAUACAGAGUUAUCCUACUCUCCGAAAAACUUCAGUUACCAUGCACCCUUACUUACUGCAUCCCUCCUCGCCUUGCAUCACUCUGGCAUGGUGCCUCCUGAAAAUCCAAAUUCAUGGUCUUGUGACAUUUCAGUGGAAUCGUGGUGGGUAAAGUCGUUGCAAGUUUUGCACAGGCACAGCAACAGCUGAUAGAACACACAGCCAAAGGAAGGGAACUGAAGCACCCACUCUGCCCACACUAAAAAAAUGAACUGUCCCAACAGAGCGGGCUGACAAUAAAAGGUCACGUUUUGGAGUAGAUGAAUUUUGUCAAACGGACCUAAAACUCUGCUUGUAUGGACUCUAAAGUGGCAUGUCGUUUGACCACGCCCGAGAACUGCUUUAAGUACAGCCGAGAUAACAGAUGGGUGCGGAAAGGGCAGAACCCCAAAAGACAAAACUGUCUGAUCCCGAUGUCUUAAAACAAUGUGCACAACGCCCACAGGAAGUGCAUCUUAAGACUUGCUCCCACUGCCUCAAAGUGUGCCUCAAAACUGCGGGAAGAUUGUAUUUUUUUUAUGAGUUGUCUUUUUUUUCCAUUUCGCCAUUUAACAAUUUAUAAUGAGACGUCUAUGUGCCAGACUACUUUACUAGCCCGCAGAGAAAACUUGUGUUCGGGAAAUAAUAAUGAAAGAGAAGGAUUGAUUAGAGAAAAGGAUGCCGUGAGCCUUGUGGUCCACUGUUUGAAUCUCAGUUCAUUUGGACCAUUGAACACUGGAAUGUUUAAAAAGAAAAAAAUUCAAAUCGUCUUUUAAUGAACUAAACACUUUUUUAUUUUUUUGUUUAUUUUAUUUUGAAAUGCCAAUGUGCAUUGUUUCUUUAAAACAUUUCAAAUCAAGAGCAUUGUUGGACAAAGUUAUCACCUGUGAGUUAUCACUAGCCAACUUGUCUUAAGGUCUAAAAGGACGUCAGCCUUUUGAAGCGACAUCCCGCUCCUGCUAGCACCCAUGACAAAUGUACUCACUGAGGAAUAAUAACUGAUGCUUUUAACAUGUUAGGACCAAACAAAAAGCAACUGUUCAGUAAUUUCAUUGUUUAUACUGUGUUUUUAAUUAUCUGUGUCUGAAUUGAAUGUGAAAAUAUGUGCCGCUCUCUUUUUUUUUUUUUUAAGUGUAUUUGUUUUUAUACAACCAUGUUUGGGCGGAGUUUUAGGUUGGUGUGGGCGGGGUUUAUUAGUAGGGACAAAGCGAUGCAAAGCUACUUCCUCGUUUUGACAUACAGUGCUAAUCAGCAUCUGCAUCUGUUUUAGAUUUUUGUGCAAUAUCGGAGUAUAUGAACCAUAUCUUAUUAUAUAAACCCUUAGGCCCAGGCCUAAGCCUAUAAUGGUUUUUCUCUGUUGGUUUAUGUGUGAUGCAGUUGUUUUUCGCACUAGCCACUAGCCUUCGAAAGUGUCAGACACUGGAUAUUGUCAAAUGUACAGGCUUUUAUUGUUUUGCUGGUUUUUGUUUUCAUAGGAGUUUUAUUAAAGUUAUUUUCCACCGC